AGAUAUCAAAACCAAUAACUAGUAUUCAAGAAAUUUUAAAAGAAAAUAAAGAAGAUAUAACUAAGAAAGAAGAUAUUUUUAUUUUUCAAGAAGAAUACAAUGAAUUAAUUUGUAAUCCAUGGAUAGAUAAUUAUGAGAAUAAUACUUCUUUUCUAAAUUAUUCUCUUGAGCCUUUCCCUUGCUUCUUGCAAUCUUCUUUAGAAAAACAAGAAGAUAAACAACAACUUUCAAUUAUAAACAAUAAUUUGUUUAUGGAGAUUAUAUCUAAACAAGAAAUUAAAAAGAAGAAAACAAAGAAAAAACAAAAACAGACUACUUCUACAACUAUAUCUGUUCAACAAUUUUAUUUUUAUUUAGAAGAAUCUAAAAGGAUUUUUAAACUUUUUAAAAGCGGAAUUAAUUUAUCUAGAGUAAAACAGAUGAUUAAAUCUGUUGAACUUAUUUCUUCUCUUGGUUUUACUAUUCUACCUUGUUUACAAAAACUCUAUUCUAUCUUGAUUAAAGUAUACAACUCUCUUCUUAAUAGAAAAUUAUCUCAAAAACUAGAAAAGAAAUUAGUUAAAUACAUGGAAUUAUAUAAACAAUUACAACUUAGUGAAGCUAUAACUAUACAAUAA